UUGUGAUCGACGCUGCAAACAAUGAGGCAAUCUCAAAUAUGCUCUUCCAUCUCGUCAGAAACAGGCUUCAGACCAUGAAUUUUGAUAAUGCUACCUUAUCGUUCUCCAUGUUGCUAUGCGAUAGCGGGGCGUACACUCUAUGACACUGCCCAGAACAGCCUUGAGUUUACAGAGAUGUCGAAAUGAUCGCAAAUCUAGUAGAUUCUGAUUGAUGAACGACCAAGACAGAUUGAUUGGUUCAUACCAUGUCCCUUUCCCAGGAAUAAUGCAGUUGAUAAGAUGCAUCAUUGUACUCUUAUUGCAUGCAUACUUUGUCAAUCGUAUGCAUAGCACUUCCACUGAUCAUGCUGCUGAAGAAGUCCCACCGCAUCAUGAAAUAGACCUCGAACUUCGUUUAGGUCCAUCAAUGCCAGCCGUAGAGCCCUCUUCAACACAAUCGUUGAUUUCUCAACCAAAUCCAGCUCCAGCAAUUCAUGGAACGGGAGUGAAAAGGAAGCGUAAAGGUGAACAACCUACUCCAAACGAUAUUCGUAAGAAGAGAAAAGACAAGAAUAGCGCAAGGUCACAAAGGAGAAGGGAAAAAGCUCGUUUAAAUGCAAUAAAGAGAAGAAAGGAAAUAAGGGAAAAGGGACCUGAGGCAAUCAAAGCAGAACAGGCCAUACAAAAGGCUUAUCAAAAGAAUUACCUUGCCAAUCUAGGAAAAGAUCCUACACGAAUGGAACUUUAUAAGGCGAAGAAAAGAGAGAAUGCGAAGAAACGAUAUAAAAGAUUGGUAACGAAUGAAAUUACUGGCGAAGACUAUAGGCACAGACUUAAUGAACUGAAAAAGAAAAAGAAUAGGCUUCUUCGAGAAGAAGCUGUGAAGAAAUCUCUGGACAGCAUUCCAUAGCCACAUUUUCAAAUGUGGCCACCUCAUAUGCUGUGCUAGUAUUGCGGUGCAAAGUAUGAUGUAGUACAUCCUUCCUGAAAAGGUGUUGACUAUAAUAAUCAUGCUAUCACCGUAUCCAUUCUCUUUCACACUCUCACCAUCAAGUUCAUGAAGACAAUGAUUGUUGUUCUGACAAUUGCUUGCUUGUACCUUUCAAUUGUGAUUAUUUGUACCUCUUCCGGCUCUCAAUCAGUCAAUCAGCCUUUGCAAGAUGACUUGAAUUUAGAGCUCAGACU